AUGUUGAGAGUUUAUGUAUUAUUGAUAAUAUGUAUGCAUGUUUGUUGUGCUUCUAGUGAUUGCACAAGUCACGAAGACCAUGACGUUGUGUCACAAGAAGAAGCAGAGAAGGCAACAACGCUGAAGCUCGGUUCCAUAGCUUUGCUUCUUGUCGCUGGAGGUCUCGGCGUGAGUUUACCGUUGAUAGGGAAGAAGAUUCCGGCGUUACAGCCGGAGAACGAUAUCUUCUUCAUGGUGAAAGCCUUCGCUGCAGGGGUGAUACUAUGUACUGGUUUUGUCCAUAUAUUACCAGACGCGUUCGAGAGACUUAGCUCGCCUUGUCUGGAAGACACUGCAGCUGGUAAGUUCCCGUUUGCUGGUUUUGUCGCCAUGUUGUCUGCGAUGGGGACGCUUAUGAUUGAUACGUUUGCAACGGCUUAUUACAAGAGGCAACAUAGUAUGGGGACUAAGCAAGUGAACGUGGUUGAGGAUGAAGAGCAUGCGGGUCAUGUUCAUGUACACACGCAUGCUAGUCAUGGACAUGCACAUGGCUCGACGGAGUUGAUCAGGAGAAGGAUUGUGUCACAGGUUCUUGAGAUUGGGAUAGUUGUGCAUUCGGUUAUAAUAGGGAUAUCUCUUGGAGCUUCACAGAGUAUAGACACUAUAAAGCCACUCAUGGCUGCACUUUCUUUCCAUCAGUUCUUUGAAGGUCUUGGCCUCGGUGGCUGCAUUUCUCUCGCGGAGUUACAGUCUAAAUCCACCGUGAUAAUGGCGACAUUCUUCUCAGUGACGGCGCCUGUGGGGAUAGGGAUAGGGAUGGGGAUGUCAAGUGGUAUAGGCUACAGAAGAGAGAGCAAAGAGGCAGUAAUGGUGGAAGGAAUGUUGAACGCUGCAUCAGCUGGGAUUCUCAUUUACAUGUCACUCGUUGAUCUUCUUGCUCCUGACUUUGUUAAUCCAAGAUUGCAAUCUAAUCUCUGGCUUCACUUAGCUGCCUUUCUCUCCCUCCUCCUCGGCGCUUCUUCCAUGUCUCUCUUAGCCAUUUGGGCGUGA